AUGGGAGUGCAGGAAAAAAGCGUUGUAAUAAUUGGUGCUGGUAUAUCAGGACUGAAGGCAGCAGCACAGCUUUAUGGAGGCGGCGUAAAAGAGUGUGUUCUGUUAGAGGCCAGAAAUAGGAUUGGUGGUAGGCUUAAUACAGUUUCGGGGUAUAAAGGUCGCAAGUAUGAUAUGGGAGCUAGCUGGCACCAUGAUACGAUAGUCAAUAAACUGUUUUUGGAGGAAGCUGAGUUGGCAAAGACCAGUGGGCAAAAGCGAUUUGUGUUUGACGACGAUUAUCCAAUAUUAAUUGACGACUUCAGGGGCCGGAUUGACUAUAAUGAAGACUUGUACUUGGAAAUUUUGGAUAAUGAACUGGCGACAUUUGUCGAUUUUGAAUAUAGACAAAAAUUAGGUACUCCUGAUUGUUCAUUUCGUGACAUCAUUUUGAAAUAUCUUUUUGAGAAGCGUGAGUUCUUAACAGAUGAUCAGAUAAAGUAUUUACCAGAAGUUUCAAGGUAUUUGGAACUUUGGCAUGGCAUAAGCUGGGACAAAAUUAGUGCAAAGGAUUCAUUUUUUGGUCAUCAAGGUCGAAAUGCUUUGGUAUUGCAUUACGACAAAAUAGUGGAGCGAAUCGGCCGUUCGUUCCCUCAGGAUUGGAUCAAGCUCGAUACUGAAGUGAAAGCUAUCAGGCGCGAAGGAAACUCAGUUGUAGUCUCCACCAAAGGCGGGGGACAAUACAAAGCUGAUUACGUUAUAGUGACCGUUCCUCAAAGCAUCUUAAAGUUAUCUUUGGACAAUGACGUGGAUGUUGAAGGAAAAAUUGAAUUUGACCCUCCAUUGAAUUCAAGAAUCAAAACUGCUUUUAACACAAUCAGCUAUGGAUCUUUGGGGAAAGUGGUUUUCGAAUUUGAGAAAUGUCUUUGGUCUACCAAAAGUACAAAAAUUGUCACUUUGGCACAUGCUAAAGAUGAGAUUGUUUCUCAAGUGCGGAAUGCUGCUAACUGGCAACAGUUGGUAGGUUCUUCUUUUGCACAAAGAUCAGUAAGUCCAGAUUCAGUAUGGAAUUUCCCCUUACUUUUCGUUAAUCUUGCAAAGUCAACAGGUGUGCCAAGUUUUGUUAUGUUAAUGCAAGAACCCUUAACACAGUUUGUCGAAUCACUAAAAGGUGAUAAGAAUCGUAUUUUCAAGUUUUUCAACCCAGUUCUUGAUAGACUCAUGGAUGUUUUAGGAGCUGGACAAGUCGUCAAUGAGAUGCAUAGUGAUAGAGUUGAUUCUACGAAUCCAGUAUUGAAAAAUAUCAUUGUAACUAACUGGAGUAAUGAUCCGUUUUCAUUGGGCGCUUACUCUGCAUGCCAUCCGGGAGAUGAACCUUUGGAUAUGGUCACAGCUCUGACAGCUGGACAAGAUUCUCGAAUCAGAUUCGCCGGUGAACAUACAAUCAUGGAUGGUGCAGGUUGCGCGUAUGGGGCAUAUGAGGCAGGAAUUCGUGAAGCAAAUUACGUGCUUGAAAAUACUAAUCCUUAA